AUGCAGCAGCCCUCGCAGCAGCAGGGGCCUCCCCCCCAAUAUAGGGGGCCUCCAACUCAAAGGGGGCCCCCAGGGGGGGCCCCCCUUCGACCAGCGCAGCAGCAGCAGCAGCCGCCGCCGCAGCAGCAGCAGCAGCGCCCGCAGCAGCAAGGGGUUCAGGGUAUGGGGGGCCCCCUCAACAGCCCCCAGAGGCCUGGGGGGCCCCCCUCCAUACGCCCUAUGAGCAGCAUGGGUGGUCCUGCAGCAGCAAAUCCGCAGCAGCAGCAGCAGCAGCAAGGGCUUCAACAGCCUAACCGACCUAACUAUCAGGGGUUCACUGGGGGCCCCCAAAUGGGGGGGGGGCCCCCUCAAAGGGGUCCUUUCCAGGGGCCCCCUGGAGGCCCCCAAAUGGGAGGGGGUCCCCAGCAGCAGAGACAGCAGCAGGGGCCCCCUGGGGGCCCCAUGGGGCCCCGAGGAAUGAACCCAAUGGGGGGGCCCCCUAUGGGGGGGCCCCCAAUGGGGGGCCCCAUGGGGGGCCCCAUGGGGGGGCCCCCUGGGAUGCAGAUGCAAAUGGGGGGCCCCAUGGGGGGACCCCCUAGAGGACCCAUGGGGGGCCCCCCUGGGGGCCCCAUGGGGGGCCCCCCUGGAGGCCCUAUGGGGGGCCCCCCUGGGAGCCCUAUGGGUACAGGUGCUGCAGCAGGAGGAGGUACUGGGGGGCCCCCAGAAAUGAGGGGUCCUAUGCAGCAGGGGGCCCCCGGGACAGGGUACGGUGGAUGGGGGGCCCCCAACAUGAAAGUAGAAGGAGGUAGCAGCAGCAUGGCUUUAAAGCAGCAGCAAAUGCAGCAGAUGCAGCAGCAAAUGCAGCAAGCACAGCAGCAGCAGAUGCAGCAGCAGCAGCAGCAGCAGCAGCAAACUCCUUCUAAAGGCAACGCACCCAGAAUCCCAAUGCACCGACAUAUGAGAAGACACCGC